UCGCUGAGGAGAGCCCGCGCUUUAUCGGUCAGUCUUAUCGUGGUUGGCGUGUGUAGUUGUUCUAUUCCAGUGGAUUUUCUUCUUUUCGUUUGCGGUUCUUAGCGGGAUUUUUGGCCAUAUAGUACACAAUUUUGACAUAAUUUUUAUUUAAAAUGGCACCUAGAAUCCCAGAUUUGGUACUAGAAGGUAUAGAAGUGCCGCGAACGGAAAUGAACAGGUCCCUGAUCCAAGAUUUUUUCGAAGGGAAAAAUAUUCUAAUCACAGGAGGGACAGGUUUCUUCGGGAAUGUGCUAAUCGAAAAAUUAUUAAGGAGCUGUUCUGGAAUCAAAAAGAUCUACAUCACUGCCCGACCACGAAAAGGCAAAACCACAACUGAGCGAAUCAAAGAAAUGUUUUCUGGACCACUGUUCGCGAAGCUGCAGGAAGACGAGCCGAAUUUCGCGAAAAAAGUUGCAUUCGUAAGUGCGGACAUGGACCUUGAAGAGUGCGGUCUAAGUGCGGAGGAUCAGGCGAUGCUGAAGCGGGAAAUUGACGUCGUGUUCCACGCGGCCGCUACCGUGAGAUUCGACGCCGAGCUCAGCACAGCCAUCAACACCAACGUCAGAGCAACCCGCGAUUUGGUCAACCUGGCGCGAGAAAUGCACAACCUUAAGGCAUUCGUGUUCGUAUCAACGAUUUUCUCCAACUGCAACAACGAAGCCAUACCUGAGAAAUUUUGCGUCCCGCGUAUUGCGGGCGAUAUCGCGAUAGCCUUGAACGAGAACGUGGAGAGUGACGUCAUCAAUAAAAUGGCACCAAAUUUACUAGACGGAUGGCCAAAUACGUAUGUUUUCUCCAAAUGCCUCGCUGAGGACGUAAUCAAAAACUUGGGCAAGGACAUGCCAAUGGCAGUUGUUAGACCAUCAAUUGUUACAUCUACCGCCAAGGAGCCUAUUCGUGGAUGGAUCAACAAUCUCUACGGGCCAACAGGUGUCACUGCUGGAGCAAUGAAGGGCAUUUUAAGAACAUUCCCAGGCGAUGGAGAAUGUCCCGCGGAGUUGGUUCCAGUUGAUUACGUCAUCAACUCCAUUAUUGCAUGCGCCUGGGAUACAUCAACUAGAUUCAUUGAAGCUCAAAAAAGGAAAGAAAGAAAGGCUGCGAUUAACGAGUUUGAAAAUAUUAUUGGUGGGGAAGGACAAAUUUUCUUUGACGAAGAGUUUGACCCAUUUUUGGGCGAGGAGCAGCGGCAGAAAGAUUUUUCCAUUCCAGUCUAUAACUACGUUUCAACCAACCGAAAUGGUAUCACGUGGAACGAGUAUUUGGAGAUGAAUGCGGCUACAGUGAGAAAGUUUCCCCUGAAAGCUGCGAUUUGGAGUGCCUCGUGUACACUCGCUAAAACAAGGAUGGAGUUUUUGUUCUACUCCUUCUUUUUACAUUACCUGCCCGCGCUAUUAGCAGAUGGUUUUUGUACACUCGUCGGCACAAAACCAAGAUUCGUGAGGAUCAGCCAAAAAAUCCAUAAUUUCUCCAAUCACAUUUCUUUCUUCGGCACAAAAAAUUGGAAAUUCGAGGACAACAACGUUGGAGACCUUUGGGACAGACUGACCGAGAUGGACAAAGACAUAUUUUACUUCAACAUCGAAGAUUUAUAUUGGCCAGAGUAUUUCCAUUACUAUGUGCUUGGAGUCCGAGAGUACCUCCUUCAAGAAAGCUUAGAGACAGUUCCAGAGGCUCGAAGAAAGAUGUACCGGUUCUUUGCACUUCAAUACUUGCUGGUGUUUCUAAUUUUUGCCGUUUUCACGUAUGGUACCUUCCAAUUAGUUGGUGCUCUUAGUUCAUCAGAAAGCACGAUAUUGAUGCCUGAAUUACCUGAGAGCAUCAUGGUAUAAUUAUUCCUCCAUUUGAUGGCCAGAAUUUUCCAAAGAAUAUUUCAUUGCAAAAGCAUUUCUCAAUGUGGAUUGCGAUUUAUAAAUUUUACCCACCUACGUUUUUUUAAUGUAUUUAUGUGAUUUCGUCCUCUUGUUGAGACUUUCCACGAGGGUGUGAAACGAUUGUCAAUUCGGAAUUGAUGUUCUAAACUGCGUACAUAAUUUUCUAAUGUAAUGCGCGGAUUUCAUGAAGAUUCAAAUUUCCUGAAAAAUAUUUCCAGGAAAAAUUCAAAUGGAAUGUCACAAGGCAUUCAAUUUUGAGUCUCCUUGACUCAAUCUCACAAUUUUCCGUCGUGUAUGUAAUGAAUGAUUUAGAGAUCAAUUGAGGGGUUUGGGGGAAAAGGCACAUAAAAGCAGUUUUUGAAAAAAAAUGAGAUAAUGAUAAUUUCAAGUGAAACUAGUCUUACUACAUAUUCUGUGAAAAAUUCGCUCCAAAAUUCCAUUUUUUAAGAAUCCGUGUAAUUUCGAAACUUCAAACACGUAUUUCUCGAUUUAGGAAGCCGAAGCCCCUUAAUUUUUCUUAGUCUUUUUAAAGACACUUCAAUCACUAUGAUUUCUGGGGAAGUAUCUUUCUUGGGUAAUCUUCAGAAUCCAUGAAUGUAUUUCCUUUGCUCAUCUUUUCUUUUGAAACCUGGCAAAAAAAAGUCAUGCGCACAUUAACGAAGGCACAUGCUAAAAUAUUUGAACGUUACUUAAAGAAUACGUGCUCAAAUUCAACCGUAACUGUACGCAUGACUAGUGAACUUUACUGAUCACAUCUUUUCCCUUUCAAGGAUAAUAUUUUUGUAAUAUAAAUAUGUCUUAAAUGAGGUACCUGAUGAGUAAAGCAGCCUUAAUUUUCUCUUGUUUAAGCUCUAACAAGUUUGAAAGAUCUCAAGGUUAUUUAGUUUGGUAUUAAGUCUGAAUGUAUGCUGACCGUGACAGCUGGUGAAAACUUACUUUCGCUCAUGUUGUAAAUAUUAGUCUAAGUUUACAAUAAUUAUGAAUAAAAAAUUUAAGUGUAAA